CCUCUCAGGCAAAGCAUCCCCCUCCUCUGCAAACAAGGAUUCCAAGGCUUUUCCCUCAGUGACUGAAAAGUGCUGACUGCGGAGAAUCAACACCGUCCUCCCCCUUCUUCUCUCCCUUUAUCACUCCUUCUCAUUUCUGAGACGGAUCUACAGAGAGCAGCUGAAAACUCUCCCCCGAGCAAUUAGAGCUCGGAUUCCCCGGCUUUCGGAGGAACUCAGAGGGUCUCACAGAUGGCAGCGGAUGUAGAGGGCAGCUCAGAUAACAGUGCAGCAGAGCAAGCUUUCUGUGCAGUCCAAUCCCUCUCCACAGUUGAGGGGAGUGAUGGAAGUGGAAAACUCUGAGAAUGUCCCAAGCCCGACACAUCCUCCAGCUGUAAUCAAUGCUGCGGAUGAUGAUGAGCAGCUUCCUGAGGAGGGAGAAGAAACAAAAACACCUGUCCAGCAACCAGCUGAAGGAAACCAUCAUGGAUUGUGGGUCAUUUCCACUAGGAAAUCUAAUGCUGAGACCAAACAAGAUUAGGAAGGUCAACUCCUUUGUUUACAUCAUAAAAGCAAGACGAGGCCACAGGACAGAGUUUAAGCGCCUAUCACAGUUUGAAUUUUGGAAUGAAAACACUCGAAGAAAUCAAAGUGAAGAAACAAAAGGACAAAACAAGAAAACAAAGCACACUGUCUGUUUGUUCACUUGGAUCAGAAGGUCCUUCAGGACUUCCUGCUCAUCCGCCCCAAUCUCGGACUGUUCCUGUGCCAGAGGAGAAUAUGCAGACAGUGGUCAGAGCUGUGACGCUGUCUGCAAAGCAGGGUUGUCUCUUGCAGGUGCUCUGUUCUGUUGUCAUAAAGGAUCAAGAAACAAUUUCUAUGAACCUCUGGGGAGGAGCCCGUGAUUCGAUGGAAUACUGCUGAGAAACCUGGAAAACGGAAAUCCUCUGUAGCCUGGAACUGCAGCUGGGAAGCCAAGCAGACUGUGUGGAGCAGUCAGAGGACUUGAGUUCAGCUUCUUCCCAGUCAGUGGCCAAACCGCAGCAGCUGAGCUCCACUGGGGCUGGGAAGACCCCCUUAUCUGUGGAAGAUGACUUCGAAAAGCUCAUCUGGGAAAUCUCAGGAGGGAAACUGAAAGGAGAAAUUGACUUGGGCCCAGAGAAGGAUGUGGAUGAGCUCUUUCUUGAACUCUCUGAGAUGACUGACAGUUGAACUGCGUAGUCUUAAAGUAUAUAUAUAUUAAAAAAAAAAAAAAAAAACAAUAAAAAAAAUUGGUUGGAUAUCCCAGGGGGAUACUUUUCUAAAGGACGCUUCAGAAUGAGUCUUAAAGCACAGCUGAACUGGUAAAAACAAUUGGCAGACUGCAUUCCAUUGUCCCGAGUUCUCCUGCUGGUCAGAGUUGAGGUCCUGUGCAUCCAUUCCCUGCUCCUGGUUGGAGAACCAAGAGGAGAAAGCGGUUCUGUGACUCAGCCCAGAAGGACGUCCAUCUGUGUGCUGCAGUACUUGGGAAUUGAUCUCCUGAUUCAUUGACGUUCUGAAGGCUUCAACCUCCAGCUCCUUCCUUCCUCUUCCCUUGGCCAUGCUCAGCGUUGGGUGCAGCUGGAGGCUUCUUCGGUGCUCCCAUUUCUUGAGCAGUCCCCAUGUCUAGCCUGGAGUUCUGCCAGCUCUUGAGUUUGGUUUGUGUUUGCUUUUGUUUUUGACUUGAAUUCUUUAAAGCAAUUUAAUGACAACGUGGGGGUGGGAGGGAGCAGAAUGAUUCUGGUAUUUUGGACCAAAUGUGCCACCAAGGAUGGGGGAUGAGGGGCUGUACCCCUGCCUUCCAAUUAUCAGCAGUGAUGCAGCAGCAGUGUGUGGAAAUGAAAUGUUGUUUCUGCAUUUAGAAUAAGAUAAAAAUAUUUUAUGUCAAGGUCUCAUGAUAGAAGUGAAGCAGUUUGUAGUUAUUAGGUAGAAGUCAUAGGUACAAAGACUGCAGCUCCUGUCCGUCCAACUAUCUGAAAUAGAACUAGUGAUUUUUGGUGCUGGACAGAUAAGAGCUGUGUAAAAAAGGAUCCAAAGAGAAAAGUCGUGACAUACCUGAGGAUGUGCCUGAAGAGAUACCGGGAAGGACUGGAAUCAUCCUCCCCCGGGCUCUAUGUGUAACAAAGGCCUCUGGGACAGAAUGGAAGCUUUUAUCAGAGAUACCGUCCUGACCAAAGAUUACUGAGGAUAGUUCCAACAAAUGGAAUGCAGAACGGCAACUUUUCACUACCCCCGUCCCUCAAGACAGAGGUCCUCGGCCCCCCCCGGGGUAGGGACACGGCCGGGGUGGGGACACAACCCGGGUGCCCCCCCGAUGUUCGAUGGGCCGGGGGUUUCCCACACCGCUCCCAUCCCAUCCCCCCCCCACCUUGCAAACACACCGCUCAGCGCUUUCGCUUUCAAUUCACAACCUGCAAGACCUUAUUCUGCCUGACUCCCGGUGACGUCACGCACGCUCUCGUUUACUAUUGGCGAGGCACAGGCGGAGGAGCCAAUGAGAGUGCGGGGAGGUCCGGGAAUUCCCAAAACGUGAAGGAGCGGCGCGGGGUGCGUUGGU